GCCGUAGUUAGAAAAAAUGCGGAAAUGUACAGUGAACUGCGGAAAAGUUGACAAAGAAGUGAGAAGUUCGCUGACAUGUAGCCUAAAGAAGAUGGGACUCCUUUGAAGUUCAACCCCGUAAAACCUUCCCGCUGGCUUCUCACAGUCUAGACUUCAGACUAGCCUAAUCCCACUGACCACCCAUCAGUCGCCAUGAGUAGCAACAGUCUGGACGACGAGGCCUCGGAAGAAGACCCACCCAAGGGGGGUGAUGGGGAGGGUGACGUCUGGGCGUCCUCGGUCCGCUGCCUGGGCUACCUGUCCAGCGUCAACCUGCUGGUGGCCGUGUGCCUGGGCAUGUAUGUGCGCUACGAGGUGUCGGACGAGCCCAUGAUAUUGGUGAUCGUCAUCCUGGGUCUGUUCGUGCUGGGGAUCGGCAUCAUACUGUACUACUACUUCGCUAUGGAGUCGGCCAGCAUGAAUCUCUUCCACCUGUGGUUUGGCUUCCUCCAGGGGCUGCUGUGCUUCCUGAAUAGUCAAGCGCUUGAGGAAGACGUGAAGGAGCAGGUGACCAACUACCUGCUCCUGGCCAGCGUGUCGGCGCGUGCCCUCUGGGCCGUGACGGAGCGUGUCGGCGGCAGCGCCCGCUACCGCGCCACCCUCCUCACCUCCGAGGAGGUUCUGGAGCUCCUGGGUUUCGCCAUCGCCAGCACCACGCUGCCCCUGUACAAGUCGGCCGCCCUGCUGGCGCUGACGCUGGCCCUGGCUGCCACCGUGGUGGACCUGAGGAUGAAGUCCCUGCUGGCCCUGCCCAACCUGGUGUGCUUUACCGUGGUCACGGCCGUCUGCUUCUUUCAGGCUCUGGCCAUCCGCACCAACCCCUUUGCGCUGGGCUGCUACCUGGGCCGUCUCCUGUGCGACCCCCUUCUGGACGUCUACUUCAGCGGGCUCCCGCCGACCGAGCGCUGGCAGCCCUUCCUCUCCCUCGGCCGUCUGUGGAGGAGGCUGACCCUGCUACCGCUCACGCUGCUGGAGAUGGCCUUCUUUGGGCUGUGUGCGGUGAAGCUUAGCCACCUAGAGCUCUGGUACCUGGUGAUUCCCGGUUUCCUGGUGUUCGGCCUCUUCUGGCUGCUUUGCCACGCCCUCUUCCUGGCAUCCAUGUGGGGCUUCCACUCCAAGCUAAGUGAGUGCCAGCGUGCCCAUCGUGCCCAGGCGUCUGACACGAGGCCCCUGGACCGGGUGAUGGGGGCACGGGGCAUGCGCCACUUCUGCCUGGUGUCAGAGAGGAUGGUCUUCUUCAGUCUGCUGUCCACCGUCAUACUGGGAGCGGUGUCAUGGCAGCUCUCCAAUGGCUUGUUCAUGGGUGCGUUGCUGGUGGUCUUGCCUCUGGAGUCUCUUGCCUACGGUCUCUUCCAUGAGCUGGGUGGCUGUCUAGGAGGGACCUGUGCUGGAUACGCCCUAGUGGUCCCUACCUGCUACUACAGCGCUGACGGCCAGCCAGUGCUGCUCCCCCCCGAGCAAGUGCAGGCGUUGAACUCUCGCUCCACGGCCGCCCUGUCCGCCAUGCAGCGGCUCUUCUCCCACCACCUCAUCCACCCCUUCGGCUGCGACUACUCCACCAGCGGCCUCUCUCUCGCCGCCCUGCUGGAGAAGCUGCGCAACUUCCUGGAGCUGCGCACGGCCGAGGGGCCUCGCCACGACACCUACCUGCUGUAUUACAGUGGGCACACGCUCCGCACCGGGGACUGGGCGCUGGCAGGCGGUGAUUGCCUGCGUCUGGACCAGCUGUUGGAGCUGUGGCGAGAGCGUAACGCCGGCCACUGCUCUCGCCUCAUCCUGGUGCUGGACACGGACAACUCCCCGCCCUGGGUGCGCGCCGUGCGCCGCGUGGAGGGCCUCUACGUGGCCGUGCAGGGUGCCCAACACCACCCCCAUCCCACGACCUUGACCUCUGACAUUGAAACCGGCGACGUCUCCUCCUCCUCCUCCGGCCGGCCGCACCUGGGCGACUUCACCGCCGCCUGGGCGGACUACAACUGCAGCUCGGCGUCGGCGCUCGCCGCCGCGGGCAACGGGCGCCCGUGGUGCGAGCAUGCCGGCUCAGGUGGCCUGGAGGCGGACUACGGCGUGUCGAAACCCUGGGCCGACUACACGCUGCACCUGCCCACCGGCAGCGACGUGAGCCGCCACGGGGAGGCGCACUUCCCCCGGGUCACCUACCCGGCUCUGGCGCUGGCCAACUGGUGCUGCGCCCUGCAGCCGCUGUGGGCGUGCGGCGCCUGCCUGCGUUGCGUACGAAGGAUGAAGCUGGCCUGGUGCCCGCCCAACGUGUUGGACACGGGGCAGGGCAUACGGCUGGUGAGGUCGUAAAGCAGAGGGAGAGACGCAGAGAGACAGAACCCACACACACACACACACACACACAC